AUCAACAAAAUCGGAAAAGCUGUACAGCAGCAGCAUUAGUGGACGUGAGGGUUACCACGCCUCGCAGCCCACCAGCCCGACACCACCUGGGGGAGUGCGGCUGCCAAUAUCACCACUUAAUACAGUUAGAGGUUCACCAUACUACUCGACAGUUAUUCCCAGAACUUCAAAGGAUGAUGAAUGUCAUGGAUCAUCACUGUCACUUGUCUCGUCAUCAUCAUCACUAUAUAGUUCUCAAGAAGAGAAACAGGCGGCAGAAAUACGAAAGCUGCGAAAAGACUUAGCUGAGGCACAAGAAAAAGUGGGAACACUAACCAAUCAACUCACUACUAAUAGUUCAGUUUUCAACCUCAUGAAUACGGCUCACGUUGUUGCUGCCUUUGAACAGUCUCUCACAAACAUGACCAACAGAUUACAACAACUCACAGCCACAUCAGAGCAAAAGGACUCAGAAGUCAUGGAGCUACGAAAAACAAUUGAAGCACUUCGGCAACAGUCUCUCGAUGCUGGACUUACUGUAGCAUGCCUGCAAAGUACGUCCCCUGACCAACAUCACCACCACCACCACCAUCACCACCUCCACUCCACCCCUUCCCCUACCAGGCACCACCAUUCCCAGCACCCUCCCAACAUUGCCUCGUGUUCUGUGCUCAAUGUUACCACCGGAAGUCGUUCCAGUUCACCAGAAAAACCGGGUCAUGAUGUUGCACGCAGACACACUUUCACAGGGAAUUGUAAAGACCUUGUAGUGUGUGAAUUCAGUGAAGCUGGUGGUAAACUAGUGAGAGGAACAUCUGUCGAGUCGGUGUCAAGUGUGUCAUCAGCUUGUUCGGCAACAUCUCACACCUCCAACCAUGACAAGAGUGAUAGCUCAAAAUCAGGCAAAAAGAAGGGAUGGCUUCGGAGUUCAUUCAGCAAAGCAUUCUCCCGUGGACACAAAAAGAGCAAGCAUGGGGCAUCGGGUGGCUCAGUAUCAGAUAUGGAAGGCUGUGAACGAGGUGACUGCUCUGCUCCGCCUUCACCACAACUUCAUCGAGCAAAUGAUGCAGACUGCCAGUCUUUGACUAGGUUAGUCUUGUGUAUGGAUAAUAAGGGCAAGGAAGAAGAUGUAGAAAUCCUCAAGUGUCAACUGCGAGAGAAGGACAUGGCUCUCACUGACAUACGUCUUGAAGCCCUAACUUCGGCUCACAAACUAGAAUCCUUAAAAGAAACUAUAAGCAAAAUGAGAUCAGAAAUGGUAUCCUUAAAACAGGACAAUGACAGAUUACAUAGACUAGUGUCUUCUAAAUCUUUAAAUUCUUCUCAAAGUUCACUUCCUGUGUCGGACUCGAUAGAGCAAAGACUAAGCCUAGGCGAAGAAGUUAAUAUGCCUGACUCGUCAGAUGUGAUUCUAAUUGACCCAAGUGAUAAAGAUGGGAAGAGAGUCAGUAUCACAGUUUGUAUGGGGUGUCAUGGUGAUUAUGAAAAAUAUAUGAAUCCUGUAGAUGGUAUAACAGAAAGUGAUUGUAUUAUAGGUGCUAUUUCUGUAAGUGGAAAGACUAAGUGGGAUAUGUUGGACAGUCUAGUGAAGCGUAUUUUCAAGGAAUAUAUUCUGAGAGUUGAUCCAGUGUCUAAUCUUGGGCUAAGUGCAGAAUCCAUCCUCUCAUAUCACAUUGGCGAAAUUUCAAGAGGUCGUCACCCAGAAUCACCUGAACUCUUACCCUGUGGAUAUUUGGUUGGGGAAGUGAUGCACAUAAAAAUUAUCCUUAAGGGAGCUACAAUAAAUCAUGUUGAUGCUUUAGCAUUUGAGACAUUGAUUCCUAAAUCAAUCGUUCAGCGAUACAUGUCUCUUCUUACGGAGCACAGGAGAAUUAUUCUUUGUGGUCCCUCAGGCACAGGAAAAACAUAUUUGGCUCAGAAACUGGCUGAGUAUUUAGUUACUCGAAUGGGGAAGGAUCCAUCACCAGGAUAUAUUGCAACUUUCAAUGUUGACCACAAGACAGGAAAAGAUCUGGGAGCAUACUUGUCCCACAUUAGUGACCAGUGCGAGAAUAACAGUGCCGAUCUUCCGUUGGUUAUCAUAUUGGACAACUUGCAUCAUGCUGGGGCUUUGACUGAUGUGUUCAAUGGUUUCCUCAGUGCAAAGUAUACUCAGUGCCCAUACAUAAUUGGAACCAUGAAUCAAACAACAUCUUGUUCAACUACAAAUUUGCAACUUCAUCAUAAUUUCAGGUGGGUGUUAAUGGCAAACCACAUGGAACCAGUAAAAGGCUUGGUUGGCCGAGUGGCUAGAAGACGAUUGACACAAGUCGAGGUCGAGGCGGGAUCUAGACUGCCCCGGUUACAGCAAGUGCUCGACUGGCUGCCACGUUGCUGGAGCCACAUAAAUAAAUUCCUGGAGACUCACUCAUCUUCAGAUGUCACUAUUGGACCUCGCCUGUUCCUGUCUUGCCCUGGCUCUCUAGAAGGGUCUCAAGUUUGGUUUACAGAUUUAUGGAAUUACUCUCUUGUACCCUACCUAAUAGAGGCAGUUAGAGAAGGGCUUCAGCUGUAUGGAAAGAGAGCUACUUGGGAGGACCCAAGUACAUGGAUCACAGAGACCUACCCAUGGCCCCCUGGAACACAUGCAGGACCACAGGCUUUGUUGUCUCUUCGACCUGAGGAUGUCGGAUAUGACGCACUUGCACCAACUGUCACAAGCACACAAGAUAAAUUCAAAAGUGAUAACCAAGGAGAAAAUGACCCACUGUUAAGUAUGCUGAUGAGGCUUCAGGAGGCUGCUAAUUAUUCAAGCCCUCAGCAAGACACUGACACCACAUCACUUGACAAUAUGGAAAAUCCCCUUGAAUCUACAAUUUGAAAGAGACUUGGCAUGUAAAUAUAAAAUGGAUGACAAUAUCAAUACAGCUUAUUUGAAUGAAAUCCAUUCAGCUUACUAGCGAAAGAAUACGAUUAACAGCCUGAGAAAUGACAGGCAAGUUUAGGGAUCUAGUCAAGGUACAUAGAGGUUGCAAUAUAAUUGCUGCAAGUGUUUUUAAACGAACAGAAAAUCUUAUAUGACACAGCUUAAAUAAAUCGCACUAUUUUAAUGCAAAAAGACAAAAACAGUUAUUUUAAUGUAUAUUAUCAGUGUUUGUAAAUUCUCAUAACAAGCUGUAUGGAAUUGAGUGAACUCUUAUCUACACUGUAGUUUAUGAUAGCCAGCAUUUGCUACUUCUGUCCACUCAUUUAGAGUAUAGAGCAUGGCAUGGUUCCUACUCUGUACAUUAUUGGCAUCUGUGUGAUUGGGGAAACAGGAUUAUGAGCCUAGGAAAUCACAGGUUUCACUGUCCCCAUCACCAUUCACGUUCUUGUAUAAGAAUUUAAGGUAGCUCAAAAUAUUUUUUUUAUAUACAUUUCCUAAUGUUUGUGCUAAUGUUUAUAAAUUUUAUGCUGUCCUGUAUUACAUUAUUUUAGAUUUUAUAAAUUUGUCAGAGCUAUAUUACAAUUUAAGCACGUAUGUGGAGGAAUAGAACUUCCAUGUUAAGGUUCUUCCAAAUUUUUUUUUUUUUUCCUUUUUUUUUAAAAGAUGUAAAUACUUAUGGGUGGGUAAAAUGGCUGAAAGCUUUAAUGUGGUGUAAAUGUCUUAUGACUUUUGGUGGAUUCGUGUUUUCAUUUAUUGACAACAAGCUUCUGCAAACAAUCUUGGAUGGCUGUACAGUUGCUCCCUAUUGUUCAGAUCUUUGGUUUCUGACAAGGUGUAUAGAGAUGUGUAAAAAUUCGUUUUCAACCAAAGGCAAGCGUACCAGUGUCCUUAGCUUCUGUGCCUGAGAGCUAAGAUAGUAGCAGUUAUUGCUCAAUGGCAUAUGGAUAUAGUUAUCUAUUUUUCCUUUUAUUUUUCUCUGCUAACUCUUGAAAUUGUGGCUUGAUAUUUGAGCCUUUAUGCCCAAAGUUGCCAAAAUCUAUAUUGUUACUGCCUUAUUUCUUUAAGUGUACAUAUUGUAUAUAUACUGUAUUUCUUAAUUAGGAUCUGAUGUUUAAGAUGAUGGAAAGCAGAUAUAGCUUGUGGUAUACAACAUUGAGUGGACCACUUUUAUGUCAGAAAAUAAAUUUGAUGUGGGUAUUAUGGAAAAAAAAAGUGUAAUAUUCACGGUGUGUGAGAAAAAUAUCACCUUGACUAUGUCACAGUGACCAUGAGUGAAUCCACCAUAUGCAGGGAUUCAACAUUCAAGCAUACUUUUUGUUAAAUAUGAAUAGAGGAGGAGGCUACAGUACCCUCAUUCUCAUUUUUAUACAUAAAAAUCAUUUUUAAAUAUAUUUCUUUGAAAACA